CAAAGUGGCUACAGAUAGCCUCCUAGUGCUGAGACUUAACCCCUGUGCCACCAGGGAAUCUCCAAGGAAAGCUUUAUUGCUACUUGCAUAGAAUUAUUGCCAGGACCCAUAGGAAAUCUGUGUUUAAAUUCUGAUAAACUGGGACUUAUUUUUGCCAUGGAGCAAAGCAGCAAGUAGAUUGAUUUUAGCUCAAUAAAGGGAACCAUGGUCAAUGCGGACACUGGACAGCCCAGUGUACUCACCAAGUGCAUGUGCUCCAGAGCCAGACUGCCUGAGUUUGAAUCCCUACCCUGCUGCCUAGGGGCUGUGUGACCAUGGGUGGGUGACCAGCCUCUCUGUGCCUUGGUUUCCUCAUCAGUAAAAGGGGGUGUUGAUUAAUAGUACGUACCUCCUGGAGUCGUGAGGGUUAAAUGCUAUGAUCUUCAGGAUAGUGUUUGGGGAAAAGGAACGUCUUAAGUGUUCGCUGGGGUUAUGUGAGGUGUGUAGAAUGUUCUUCCUUGCAAUGCACACAAUCUCUGCACCCUCAGACAAGCAUCCUGUUUGCAUGUACACCCCCAGGGUGACUUGGCCCACCCAGUGAGCACAAUGGGACCUGGAUAGGGAGGGAGGCACUCUGUCAUGCUCACAUUUUAUAGCUGUGGGUGGUUGAAAGACACGCUUUUCCCUAAUCUGCCUGAUCUAUAAGCCCCAGGGGCACUGCCGUGGGUUCCACCCUCAUCCCUGACCAUGGGUGUAUGUGGGGGGCUAGAGAAGGUGUAUGAUGUCUCAAUUCACGGACCUGUUCUCAUGACCCCACCUGCUUCUUGGGGGUAAAGCGGCUUGAUGGGAACUUUUCAAGGGCUUCCCUACAGUUGUAAGGUUGAUCCCAAAGUAGGGACACACCACGCGUGUGUCCUCCUGAAGUCACCUGUGCUCGCCCAGCCUCUGGGGGCAGGCUGUGGUCCUUUCCACUGCAGGAACCCCUUUUUUUCUGGGUGGCCAGAUUCCCAAGCUCACCUGGAUGGUCCAACAAGACAAAGAGGAAAGGAUGAGCUCGGGGUUGGGAGAGUCCUCUGGAGAAAGGGCAACCCCUGAAGUCCUAGCCAAAUGCACAGGUUUGGCUGGGUUCCACAGGCAUGUGAUGUGUGUGGGAAACCGCAGAUGUGCCCCGCCUGUUGGCUGGAGCCCAGCUGGGAAAUGUUUCCAGAGGGAAGCGCAGGUAGAGUGAAGGUCUGUAGACUCCAAUGCAAAUGCAGGCAUGUCACCAAGCAUCGUGGGCGGCCAUGUCUCCAAACCGAAUGCUCCCGGAGGGGGUUAUUCCUCACUUCUAGUUCUUCCAGUCUCUUAAUCCGCUUGGACCCAGACGUGGAUAAUCCAGGGCUUACAUAGACGGGAUUUGUCACAAGCCUUCACAAAACCACAGUGGACUGUCUAGUCAGAAGGGAAAACUGAAGCAUUCGCUAUUCCAAGGAAGCAGUUCUAGAAGCCUCCCUGAAGUCAUUGGCGAGCGAGAUUGGAGCUGGGCUGCUGAAGCCUGGUCAUCUGGUGGUGCGGCACCUGAACUUGGUUCUCCUCCAGAAUCUUAGAAAGCAAAAAGCAUGUACCUAGAUGGGUUAUUUGGGCAAGUGGCCAGCUUAUGGGCUUCUUCUUGGGCACAGUGUGAUAGAGGUGAGGUCAGGAAGAGGGUUGCUUGAGUCUAGGAAUCUCAAUCCUCCAAUAUGCCAAUCACUUAUUGGGGAGCAGAGAGUGAAAGGAAGCUUCUAGAAGAUAAGUGUUUAUUCCUUAGCUGUGCAGGAAAGAGGGGGGACGAAGUCAGAGGGAGGGAGAGAAACUUGAACCUGGGAUUGCGAGCGUGGCUGGAGGGCGUGGCCUGAGACGGAGGGCGUGGCUUGAGACAGAGGGAGGGGAGGGAAACUUGAACCUGAGAUUGAGGCGUGGCUGGAGGGCGUGGCCUGAGGCAGAGGGCGUGGCCUGAGACAGAGGGAGGGCGGGAAAACUUGAACCGGAGAUGGAGGGCGUGGCCUAGGCCGGUGGAGGCGUCACCUGUGUGUGGUGGUGUUCCCAUUGCUCAAAUGUCAGCAGCCUUUGCUAAGAAUGAAGAGUUCAGGUGCCAGUCAUGGGGCACUGAAGGUGGGGGUACAUGGCCGUGCGCCUCCCCCGGCGUAGGGGCUGUCCUCCCUUGAGUCUCGCGUCCUCUGCAGAGCCGAGAGCCGUGGCCCAACACCCUUUGCCCUCUGAUCCUCCUGGCUGUCUCUUGUUCUCUUUGUCCCGGGGUCUGUGGGGCUGGCAGGGUGCCCGUGGGGCGGGCACUCCACUGGGAGCCCUGUUUCCAGUCAGUGUGUGAGUGAGUGUGAGUGUGCACAGAGGCCGGAAGCCUACGCAGAUCAGUGCAGGGGCCCAGAAAGCAUCCAGAAGGUGGGGCCGCCUGGGGGUCACCUUCUGCAGCCUGGAGCCCCAGGAUCUGUGACCGGGAACCACGGCCCGAGCGGCGCCACGAGCGGCGCCAGCACCCUGAGCGGCCAGAACAGCGUCAGUCACUGACCAGCGAGUCCGGGAAGACACGGGGGCUCUAAUGGCCGGCGCCCUGGACGCGCUCUGGAGCCAGUACACCUGGGCCUUAGGAAACGGAGAUCCGAGAACCGAUUCCUGGCUCCUGGUGCACUCGCCCAUCCCGGUCACCCUCCUCUUUGUCUGCUAUCUCCUCCUGGUGGUGGCCGGUCCUGCUGUCAUGAGGUGCCGGGAGCCUCUGAGGCUGGUUGGGCCCCUCGCCGCCUACAACCUGGGCCUCGUGGUUCUCUCGGGGUACAUAUUCUAUGAGUUCAUGGUCACCUCCCUUCUGGCCAAGUACAGCUACUUCUGCCAGCCGGUGGACUACAGCCAGAGUGAGCUUGGAAUAAGGAUGGCGAGCGUGUGCUGGUGGUGUCUCUUCUCGAAGGCCAUUGAACUGCUCGACACAGUCUUCUUCGUGUUGAGAAAGAAGCAGGAGCAGAUCACCUUCCUGCAUGUCUACCAUCACAGCACCAUGCUCUUUAACUGGUGGGCUGGGGUCAAGUUCGUGCCUGGAGGGCAAGCCUUCUUUGUCGGGAUGCUGAAUGCCUUGGUGCAUGUCUUCAUGUACCUGUACUAUGGGCUGGCCUGUCUGGGGCCCCGCGUGCGGUGCCACCUGUGGUGGAAGCGACACCUCACCACCCUGCAGCUGGGUCAGUUUGUGGCCAUUGCUGUCCACUCUUCCUACAAUCUCUUUGCUGAGUGCCCCUUCCCGGAUGGGUUCAACAUGGCUGUUCUCCUGUAUUCCCUCAGCCUCAUCCUCCUCUUUCUCAACUUCUACUACCAGACAUACCUCAAGGGCAAGCAGGACAAGCUCACUUAAGGAGCUGCACCCCGGGAGCUCGCAGCCCAGUGGUGCAGAGUAGAUUCCUCUGGUACUGCAUUUCAUCCUAUGAAGGAAAAAGGACCUUCUUUCCAGGGGAAAAAAAAGUUGGACCCAUUUUCCUGUACUGACUUCUGUUAUGGCACUUCCCAUGUGAAUUUGUAACAAUGAAUCUUCUUUCCUUACUAAGUGUGAGCCCUUCACGGGAGGGACAGUCUUCUCUCUAUGUCCCCCGCCUGACACAGCACCUCAAUAAAUGUUCAUGUGGUACCUUG